CGCACAGACAGACACGCUCCCUCCCUCCGGCGCGCUCUACCCCUCGCUCGCCCGCCCGCCAGCCGCGCACGCAGCCGGCCCCGGCUCCCCGCGCCCAGCGCCCCGCGCCCGCGCCCCGCUGCCGCUGAACGAAGCCGGGCUGGGCUUGGAGCUGCUCAUGGAGAAAGUGCCAGGCGAGAUGGAGAUCGAGCGCAGGGAGCGGAGCGAGGAGCUGUCCGAGGCAGAGAGGAAGGCGGUGCAGGCUACGUGGGCCCGGCUCUAUGCCAACUGCGAGGACGUGGGGGUGGCCAUCCUGGUGAGGUUCUUUGUGAACUUCCCGUCAGCCAAGCAGUACUUCAGCCAGUUCAAGCACAUGGAGGAGCCCCUGGAAAUGGAGCGGAGCCCCCAGCUGAGGAAGCACGCCUGCCGGGUCAUGGGGGCCCUCAAUACUGUCGUGGAGAACCUACAUGACCCUGAGAAGGUGUCCUCGGUGCUCGCCCUCGUGGGCAAAGCCCAUGCCCUCAAGCACAAGGUGGAGCCUGUGUACUUCAAGAUCCUCUCUGGGGUCAUUCUGGAGGUGAUCGCCGAAGAAUUUGCCAAUGACUUCCCACCUGAGACUCAGAGAGCCUGGGCCAAGCUGCGUGGCCUCAUCUACAGUCACGUGACCGCUGCCUACAAGGAAGUGGGCUGGGUACAGCAGGUCCCCAACGCCACCACCCCACCGGCCACGCUGCCCUCUCCGGGGCCAUAGGACCCCCUCUCUCCUCCCCUCUCUCCCUGACAGCACCUUGAGCAGAAGGCCGAGUUCUGAAGACCCUCCUUGUCCCUCCAUUUCUGGGUGCCAAGGAAGCUGGAGGAAUCCCUGGCUCGUCUUCCUGGAAAGAGGCAGCCUCCACAGCGGCCACAGUCCCCCCUGGAGCCGCCGGGAGGUGGCACUGGCCGCCUGGAUGCUGACCACAGCUCAGCAGUGGGUGGCCUGCGGGGGUAGGGGACCCUUCCUCCUUGCAGAGCUGGGCCUGCUCUUCUUAGCUUUUCUACUCAUUGUUAGAGACCUAGUUGGUCAGCUGGCAGGGAUGGGGACAAGUCUGUGAGUCUCUCCAGAAGUAAACCAGCCCUGUUUUUGUCUUCCCGGCCAGCCUGUGGGUGUCCACAUCAGCUAUCUAGAGUAUCACGCACACACAUCUGCCAUAUAUUUAGGUAUAUUCUAUAUACAAUCUCUGUAUAAAUACAUCUAACUCUAUAUAUACACACGUACAUAUCUAUAACAUAUAUCUGCAGGCACAUGUGAAGGCUUGGUUCUCCCAUCUGUGUGUGGGGUAAGGAGGCAGACGUCAUCCACAUUUGAGAAAGAUCUGGGGUCCAGAUGGGCCAACUGACUUGCCUGAGGCCACACGGCAGGUUCUUAACUAGCAGAAAGGGAACUUGGGUCUAGCGGGCUGCUCUCAAGUGCACUGCACUGGGUCUUUUCUUGGCAGAUGGUGUCUUUUCUUGCUGUCCUGGUCCCUCUCUCCUGUCCCCCAGGUUCCCUGUCCCACUCCAUGCCACUUGUAACCUGUUCCUCCAUCUCCUGUCUCGUCCACAGCCCACCGGCCACGCUACCCUCUCCGGGGCCACAUUUGAGAAAGAUCUGGGGUCCUGGUAAUGCUCUGGGCAGAGAACAGAGUGGCCAGGCAGAGGUGGGGAUUCCACAUCACCAGAGAGGAUCUGGGUCUGUGGGCAGGGUUGGGGUGACCCAGCUUCCCAGCACAGCACAGCCCAUUUGCCAGCCACCUCCCUGCAUUCCUGUUCUCCACUUCUAGGCAAAAGGGAGUUGGCUCUUCCCACUACCAACCUGCAUAAAUGUGGCUCCCUGACUUGCUCCAAAAUGGGUGAGGCAGACAGGGCCAGAGGUCUGGACAGAGGUCUGCCCUGGGAGAGGGGCCAUGGUAAGGAGACCUGGAAUGGCAGCCCCUGCUGCCUUGGCCACUAAGCCAGUCUUGGCAGGGCAGUGGUGACAGGCCAGAUGCCUCCAUGUCAUACUGGAGCUUUGAGGGCUAAGGGGCCUCCCUCCCCCAGCCCUCCCGGCUGCUCGCUGGCAGUGGGUCCCGUCCAUCCAUGUGGGUCAGACUUGCUGGGGAGCCCCCCGUGUGUGCCCCUUGGUCAUGUGUAUUGUCCUCAAGGAUGUUUUGCUGCCGUGGUUACUGUGCCUGUGUCCCCUCCCGUCCCACCCUCAUGCAGCCAUCUGUGUAACUGCCUGUCCUUUUGUAGUUUCUGAUGUUUGUAACAAGACCCAGCCUUGUCAUUAAACAGACUCGUUCUUCCUG